CUUGAAGACACCUUUAUGACAUACACAGUAUAUGAUGAUGCUGUCACAGUAAAUUUGGUUCAAGAAGCCUGCAAAACACUAAAGGUGUCUGAAGAGGCAGUGCUAAAACUUUUUGGGGAAUACUUUUUCAGUUUCUGUAAGAUGUCAGGAUAUGAUAGAAUGCUACGGACACUAGGAGGAAACUUGAUGGAGUUUAUCGAGAACCUUGAUGCCCUUCAUAGCUACCUUGCCUUGUCCUAUCAGGAAAUGAAUGCACCAUCAUUCCGAGUCGAAAAGACAGACGGGAUGAUGUUACUCCACUAUUACUCUGAUAGGAAAGGCCUGUGUCACAUUGUCCCAGGAAUUCUUGAAGCUGUGGCUAGAGAUUUCUUUGACAGUGAUGUGACACUGGAAAUUCUUAAUCAAAACAUAGAAGAGGAGCGCACUGGGAAGAAGGAGCAUGUGGUGUUUUUUCUUUUACAGAACAAGAAAGAAGCAAAUAACAAGGUCAAAGAAAUCGCAUGUUGUACUGGUGGAGACUCUCAGGAGGAUAAAGAGAGACUGGAUGCAGUGAUUCAGAAAGAAAGGGGAGAAUCUAGAUUGCACCAUCUAGAAAAGAAAUCCCACUGGGACAUUGUGAGACAUAUUGUGAAAUUUAGGAGAGGGGACCUUUUAUGUACUUUGGAGCCACUUUUCCCUGAGAAGCUUUGGGUUGAGGAGAGAACAUUCUGCUGUGCAUUUCCUUUUCACAUUGUGUUUGACAAAACACUGAAGAUAAAGCAGGCGGGUGUAAAUAUUCAGAAAAUUGUACCAGGAUUGCAGAUACCUGGAACCAAAUUAGAUGAAUAUUUCUCUAUAGUUCAUCCACAAGUUACGUUCACAAUUUUCAGCAUACAGAAAUUUAUCAACAGUCAGUUUGUUCUCAAGAUACGAAGGAAUACAUUGCCGAAAUUGUGGAGGAGAGGGCCCAUGCUAAAGCUCAGAGGACAAAUGAUCUGGAUGGAUUCCUUCCAGUGCAUGAUGUACUUGUGCUCACCAAAGCUGCGCAGUUUAGAGGAGCUGGAAGAGCAACAGAUGCACCUUUCUGACAUUGCACAGCAUGACACAACAAGGGACCUCAUCCUCUUCAACCAGCAACGGCUGGCAGAGAUAGAGCUAUCCAACCAGCUAGAGAGAAAGAAGGAAGAGCUAAGGAUUCUUUCCAAAAACCUGGAGGUGGAAAAGAAGAAAUCAGAAGCUUUACUCUAUGCCAUGUUGCCAAAGCAUGUGGCCAAUCAACUUAAGGAGGGCAAAAAGGUGGAAGCAGGAGAUUUUAGCGCCUGCACAAUACUUUUCAGUGAUGUAGUGACCUUCACAAGCAUCUGCUCUGUCUGCGAACCUAUUCAGAUCGUGAACAUGCUUAAUUCCAUGUACUCCAAGUUUGAUCGAUUAACUAGUGUCCAUGGUGUUUACAAAGUGGAAACAAUAGGUGAUGCCUACAUGGUUGUAGGAGGGGUCCCAGUGCCUGUUGCCACUCAUGCUGAAAGAGUGGCUAAUUUUGCCCUGGGCAUGAGAAUUGCUGCAAGAGAAGUUAUGAACCCUAUAACUAAUAAGUCUAUACAGAUUAGAAUCGGGGUGCACACUGGACCAGUUUUGGCUGGAGUGGUUGGGGAGAAAAUGCCCAGAUACUGUUUAUUUGGUGACACUGUCAAUACAGCUUCUAGGAUGGAAAGCCAUGGGCUCCCAGAUAAAAUCCACAUGAGCCCAACAGCAUGCAGAGCAUUGCCACACCAAAUGUUUGAGAUGGUGGAAAGGGGAGAAAUAGAGGUUAAAGGCAAAGGAAAAAUGACAACAUAUUUUCUCAGGCAAAACCUCUGUGCCACUGAGAAGGAAAUAAUGGGACGAGCCAAAGAGACAUCUGAUGCUUUGGUAAGUCAAGAUGGCAAGAAUGUUGUAAUGAUGAAGUAUGUUGAAGAGCUGAUUGCAGCCAGGGAUGUAGAAUACAGAGAAGAUGCCCAAGGGACUGAAAGUUAUAAUCCCCAAGGAGAAGAUUCACAAGAGGAAAAUGAACCUUCACUUUCUAAUCCGUUAAUGUCAAAACACGCUGGCACCCAGCAGGCUCCCUCAGCACUUUGCAUUAUGUUUUAG